UUCUCCCCAACUAGAAACCACUAACGUAACUCAACAAAAAAUAAUAAACAAUUAUGGAUUCUCCAUUCAGAGGCUUUCUGCUGGGGCUGGGCUACACCCUCUGCAUCUUCUUCCUGCUCACUCUGUUCGCCGGAGUUUCCUCCCAACGUCUCGGACAGUUCUGUCCCAACACCUCUACUUAUACUCCUAGCAGCAAUUACCGAGCCAACCUCGAUGUACUCCUCUCCACCCUUUCUUCCAAUGGCAACCGCGAAAAUGGCUUUUACAACUCCACCGUGACCGUCGGGGACCGCAACGCCGCCGUGUAUGGCCUUUUCAUGUGCCGGGGUGACGUCUCCGCCGCCGACUGCGGCGCGUGUGUAAGCGACGCUAGCGCAACCGUAUUGCAGUUAUGUCCCAACCAAACGACUGCAACUAUCUGGUACAAUUUCUGUACGCUGCGUUACUCCGGCGAACCUGUAUAUGGGAUACCCAAUCCGUCUUUCGUCCCGUUAUAUUCGUAUAACGGAAAUAACCAUUCUCAACCGGAUAGUUUCAUGAUGUCCGUCAACAAGACGUUGACUCAGGUGGCCGCUGGAGUGGUCAACGAUCAAUCUCCCGACCGGAAGUUUGCGACUGAAGAAGGUAACUUCACUGAAUCGGAGAGGAUCUACAGUCUGGCGCAGUGCCGGCCGGAUAUUGGCAACCCGGAUUGUCAGACAUGCCUACGCAAAGCAAUCCAAGAACUGCAAAGUUGUUGUUAUUCAAGAUUGAGUGCCACAGCUCUCUCCCUAGACUGUAAUAUGAAGUAUGCGACGGAGCCUUUCUACAAUAUUAGCACAGCCGCGCCACCAUGGGCUCCGCCUCCUAUCUCUCCUCCUUCUUCAACAAGUGCAGGAAACAAAGGAAAUUCUUCAUCAAAACUGAUUAUUGCCAUUGUAGUUCCGGUCAUCGGGGUUACACUCUUCAUUGCAAUCUUUUGUUUUGUGAGGAUCAAAAAGGAGAAGAUAUCAAAAACUACAGCACAGACAAAAGAAGAUGUAUCUGGAAUUUCAACUCAGCAGUUCUCCCAAUACGAUUUUGCUACUCUUCAAACUAUUACAAAUGGCUUCUCCGAUGAAACUAAAAUUGGUCAAGGUGGAUAUGGUUCGGUCUAUAAGGGAAAGCUUCCCAACGGACUAGAAGUAGCUGUAAAAAGGCUUUCAAGAAACUCAAAACAAGGAGCUCAAGAAUUCAAGAAUGAGGUUGGUGUAGUUGCCAAGCUUCAACAUAGAAAUUUAGUAAAGCUAUUGGGAUUUUGCUCUGAAGGGGAAGAAAAGAUACUAAUUUAUGAAUUUGUUCCCAAUAAAAGUCUUGACUAUUUUUUAUUUGAUACUGAAAAGAAACACUUAUUGAAUUGGUCAAGGCGUUACAAGAUUAUAGAAGGAAUAGCACGAGGAUUAUUAUACCUUCAUGAAGAUUCUCGUCUUAAAAUCAUACAUCGUGAUCUCAAAGCAAGUAACGUAUUGCUAGAUAAAGAAAUGAACCCAAAAAUAGCAGACUUUGGCAUUGCCAAAAUUUUUGAAGUUGAUCAAACCCAAGGAAAUACAAGUACAAUUGUUGGAACACAUGGCUACAUGUCUCCUGAAUAUGUAAUGUAUGGCAAUUUCUCUGUGAAGUCUGAUGUUUAUAGUUUUGGUGUUCUUCUUUUGGAAAUCAUAACUGGGAAAAAAAAUUUCAACUUCGCCGAAUCAAGUAGCCCACAAGACCUUCUUAGCUAUGCUUGGAAACAUUCGAGGGACAACACACCUUUAAGAAUAGUGGAUCCAGUUCUCGGAGAAUCCUACUCAAGAAAUGAAGUCAUCCAAUGCAUCAAUAUUGGCUUAUUAUGUGUUCAAGAAGAUAUUUGCGAAAGGCCUACAAUGGCAAAUGUUGUCCUCAUGCUUAAUAAUCAUUCUAUUGCUAGGUCAUCACCUCGUGAACCAGGAUUUUUCUUUAGGGAAAGAUCAGAGCCGAAAGGGGCAAAGACAAAUUAGUUUGCGAGUAAGUCAUUGCCAUUUUCUGUGAAUGAAGUGUUGAAAGUUGAGUAAAAGUGGUGAUGGAAUGAAGUGUGUGUGAGAGGAUAUUCUCACACCGGAUAUUGUCUCAAGGAGUGGAUCGGAAGAGUGUUGAAUAAUAGGUGGUUAAGCA